GUGACAAUAAAUUUACUGCUUAUAAUUUCAAAGUUAUUUUGUCAUCUGCUCCACAUUAUGUCUAAUCUUCGCUCUCCAUCUUUCAUUAUGCUGCUCUUGCUAAUCACCCUGUCAAUUGGUGUAGAUGCUCGACAUCUUUUGGAAAUAACGUUGCCAGAGAUACCUGAGCUUCCUAAGCCUGAGUUACCAGGGCUUGAAGUGCCUAAAUUUCCUGAAUUACCAAAGCCUGAAGUUCCUGAAUUGCCAAAGCAUGAAGUUCCUGAAUUGCCAAAGCCUGAAGUUCCUGAAUUACCAAAGCCUGAAGUUCCUGAAUUGCCAAAGCAUGAAGUUCCUGAAUUGCCAAAGCCUGAAGUUCCUGAAUUGCCAAAGCCUGAAGUUCCUGAAUUGCCCAAGCCUGAAGUUCCUGAAUUGCCAAAGCCUGAAGUGCCAAAAUUGCCAGAACUGCCAUUUUUUCCCCACUUGCCUGAGUUGCCAAAACCUGCACUGCCUGAAAUUCCUGUAUUGCCAAAACCUGAACUGCCAAAAUUGCCAGAAUUGCCAAAGCCUGAACUGCCAUCUUUUCCCCACUUGCCUGAGUUUCCAAAGCCUACAUUUCCUACUAUACCAACUGUUCCCGAGGAAAUCAAACCACCUCAGUCAACUACUAGUCCUUAAACAACAGUACCACAUAUUCUAUAAGCAUUGAUUUAUGAUCUGCUGUAUUUCGGUUUGAGUGUUCUUCUUGAGAGUCUGAUUAUUUAUGUACUGUAUACAUACUUAAACUGUUCUAUGUGUUGGUUCUGUUCAAAAUUUGUAUUUUCUAAUUAUUUUUGGUUGACGUUGCACAUUAUGUAAUGUUCUGAAUUGAUUUGCUAUAUAAGAAAUUGUUUCAGCUUAUUCAUUUUGCA